AUGCCAACAUCAAUAAUUGACAAUAAGAGAAUAAACAAUGAUAAUUUUGUUAAAAUAAAGAAAAGUGCAAAAUCAUCUAAAGAAGACAAUGAAUCGAUCAAAUCAUAUCAACAACAAGAUUCUAAUGAAAAUAUAUCCACUGUUGAAAAUCAAUCAAGAUCCCAGCGUUCUUCUAUUACUGUUUCUACAGUAAAAAAAUCAUCGAAAGUUUCAAAAAUCAUCGAGAAUAAUGAAUCGAAUAAAUCAUCAACAUUUUAUUACCAAAAGAACGAAUUUGUUUCUCCAUCACUAACUAAAAUACAUGUUGUUAAAUUGCCAAGAAAUAAAGUAUCAGCAUCAUUCGAAACUGGUGUCAAUACUCUUUUUCCCAAUCAAAAUUCGUCGACAGAAAUAAAUCGAAGUGUUCCUGGCAAAACAAUUAAUGUCCGCAGUGAAGAAGCCGGUCAUAUGAGCCGUACGAAUACUAAAGUCGACAAUGGUAUGCGAAAAAGAGCAUCAACCUUCGAUGGAGUCACCGUUAGCAGAGUUAAAACAGCUCGUAACAUCGAUAAGUCAUUUACGAAACAUUCAAUGAAUAUUAUUCGACCAAAUAGUGGUAAUAAAGAAACCAGUAACCGAGUGGUGGUGGUUUCUGUGAAGAAACAACAGUUAUAA